UGUGUAAGAAGCAAGACUCACACAAUCAAGUGUUCAGUCGAGCAGUUGGUCGUACGCAGGUACACAGGAUACUGAGGUCGGGUUUGAGACUAAGAGAGAGAGUACAAGAGACAGAUAACAGCCACUUGUUGCUCAUAGACACUCAAGCUUUCAAGGAGGGCACUGACAGCCUGCCCUAUGUGUGGCUCCUCUCAAGGCUUCACAGCCUCCUCUUCUCAGCGCACCACAGUCAUGUUAACUUCAGAAAGGUCACCGCAAAGCUCAGGGAUCAUCACGGCAGCGAUGCCAGGGACGCAGGAUGUUGACAUGACAUCGUGGAGCGAGGCGGACUUUGAGGAGAAGUGCACUUACAUCGUAAAGGACCAACCUCUGGAGGGAGAGUCCGAAAACAACAGCAGGACACGAGCUGAGCGAUCCUUACCCAGAAACCUGGCCCUCAAACGCUGCCACAACUCUGCUGAGGUGCUUGGGGUGACCAGUAAGGAACUGAUUCCUAAGGGGACACGUUUUGGCCCGCUGGUUGGGGAAAGUUACACAGACGAAACGCUGCUGAAAAAUGCUGACAGGAAGUACUUCUGGAGGGUCUUCUCGGAGGAGCAUUUACAUCACAUCCUGGAUGGGUUGAAUGAGGAGCGGAGUAACUGGAUGCGUUACGUCAACCCAGCCUAUACUGUGGGAGAGCAGAACCUGGUUGCGUGCCAGAGCGGUUUGGACAUCUACUUCUACACCAUCAAACCACUUCAGCCAGGCCAGGAGCUCCUGGUAUGGUACUGCCUUGAAUUCGCCCAGCGCUGUAACUACCCUCCGCUGGGCCAACUGGCUAUUGACAAUAAUGAACAGAGUCAAGCUCAGGAGAAGGCAACAAGGAAACCAGGACACAGCGUAAAAGAAAUCCUCAGAGACGAGCCUUCAAAAUCACUGAAUACCUGCCCCCGGAGUCUGGAGAGUCCUUUGUCUCAGACCAACCUCUCAGUAGGUUUUCCUCUGUGCCCGCGUGUUGUCUACCCAAUCCAGCCCCACUCUAUGGAAUCUAUCCAUGGCCAUAGAUAUGCAACUCUACCAUCUCUGCCAUCCUGUAGCCCUCCAGCUGCCAAAAGGCCAGCUCUAAGUAGUCCUGUCCCCUCUUUGCACUUCACCUUUCAGCGAAGACAAGACCCUGAAAUAGCCAAACCUUACCAAGAGCCCUCUGUGCCUGAUCGAGUUUAUCCUACUCUGAGGCACGCUCCCUAUCUAUUGCCUCACUUCUCACUUGGCCUUAACAGCAUUUUACCUCAUUCAUACCCAGUCUACAGCGAUCGACUGAAACCUCACUUAACACUCUCAUCUCAUUUGAUGCCUUUUGGCAGCUAUGCACACAUUUUCCAUCCUCUGGCCAACGGACACAAAGACUUAUCACUUGCACUAUCCAACACCAAACAAGACCUCAUCCUUUCACCAACCAGUGAGCACGAAGACAACAAGGACUUCAUCUCCAAACGGACAAACUACCUCAGGAUCCCCUCAGAUGACCUCAGAGAUUUCAAACACUCUCCUCCCAGAAAUGUCCAUGCAGAGCUCUCUAUACCUGCCACGUCCAGUGCCUCAUUCAUGGUCACCUCGCAGAGUCGCAGAGCACUGCCCUCUCUUGCACCUGGAGGAUGCUCACCACCAGUGGGCAUGGCUGCCUUUUCAGACUGCCUCCCUUCCAAACCCACCUCUGCCUCUCAGAGUAAUACUGAGGAUGCAGUGGACCUCACAAAAACCCAAGAAGGUGGGCAGAUUAUUGGCUACAAGACCCUGUCUUACCCCCUCACCAGGCAGAAUGGAAAGAUCCGGUAUGAGUGCAACGUCUGUGGAAAGGUCUUUGGGCAGCUGUCUAACCUCAAGGUCCAUCUGCGAGUGCACAGCGGAGAGCGUCCCUUCAGGUGUCAGACCUGCAAUAAGAACUUCACUCAGCUGGCCCACCUGCAGAAACACUACCUGGUUCACACAGGAGAGAAGCCUCAUGAAUGCAAGGUGUGCCAUAAGCGGUUCAGCAGCACUAGUAACUUGAAGACCCACCAGCGGCUACACUCAGGCGAGAGGCCUUACCAGUGCAAGCUCUGCCCAGCCCGCUUUACACAAUUCGUCCACCUCAAGCUCCACAAACGCCUCCACACGGAAGAACGACCUCACAGGUGUCCUCGCUGCCCCUGUGCCUAUCUCCACUACUGCAGCCUCCAGGUGCACCUCCAAGGCUUCUGCCCUCUCUCACCCUCGGCCUCCCAAAGGCACUCGCCAGAGGAGCUACGCCAAGUCAACUCCGAGAUUGAGAGGUUUGACAUAAGUGAGGCGGCAGAGCAGCUCGAGGCCAUGGCUGCGGAGCCCGAGAUGGACAAGAGGAAUGUAACUGACCUAAUAAAGAAGAUGGAGACUCAUACCUGUGGCCACCCGGUCAACGCCAGAGAGGGGGCUGAGCUGAGCGUCUACAAAGCAAAGCAGUGUUCUGCCGUUCAGUUGCACCAUGGCAGCCCUCUACCUCUACAUCCAACCAGCAUCAAGCUGGAGUCAGGCUGCAUAUCAGAGCCCUAAAACAGCCUCCCUAAGACAGCCUUGCUAAUCCAGCCACAUAAUCCUUACAGGUCAACUCAGCAGCUGUCUGUUACUGCCCUAUUUGAAGUAAAGCCUUAUCUCAAUCAUGGAUUGCCUGACCUAUACUAUACAGAGGCUGUGGCGUGUGAAGAAUCAAGACUUUACCAGCAUGGCCUGGGACCAGUGGCUUGAUUCAUUUAUAGAUAUUUGUUAAUUUAUUCUGUUGCUAAUAUUAAUCUAAAAUGUAUAUAAAAAAACAUUUUCUGUUUUGUUUUGUA